AUGCUCCAAAUCGCCGGGAGCAUCUACGCGUGGAUCCGCAUGCCAAACGCUUCGGGAUCAGCGCGGCAUCAUGCUCGGGUGGUGGCGUUUUUUAUCAUCUUUGGGGUGAACGCUGUGAACUACACCGUUUUCGAGUCGUAUCAGCUGUUCCUCAACCCAAUCGUACCCUGUCUUUUCGUCAUCCUUUGCCCGACAUUGCUCUGGGCCUCCUAUUGGUGCAAGGACCUUCCCAGCCAGGCUUUUCCGCACGUCAUCUACGAUGCCAAGGCCAGCGACAUGUUACUGAAGUUGAUGUGCUAUGCGAUCCUUGUGUUCGCCAUGUUCCCCUUGUUUGUCCUGGGCAGUGCUCAAACAAUUGCCGAGAGUUUGGUAGUGAAUGUGCUGGCAUAUACGACAGCCUUUCUACCACUUCUCUCGGACCAUGUCCUCGUCACCAGCUUGGUUGCCCUCCAUGCACUGGGAGCCGCGAUGAUCGCAUUUGCAUAUCGAGAUGAAGUUGAAUUCACAGAUGGGAUGCGGCACCUGCUCCUACAGAAUGUCGGCUACGCAAUCAGCAUGCGCGGCCUCGUCAAGAUCUCCGAGUCGCAGUUCCAACCACCACUGGAGGCUCGCCCCUUUGUGGCCCAUCUCGGCAAUGCGUCGCGACGGAGCUUCGAGGAUCUCAUCAAGCUGGCUCGCGAUCGCGAGGGGCCUGAGAGUGUGGCGAGGCUUCUGGGCAUCUACGCGCGCAGGAUGCGGUACGAGGAGGAGCUUGUUGGGCAGCUCCUCUUCCUGUAUCACUGCCGGAAAGACAGGAGCUUGGACGCUGCGGUCGUUUACAAAUUGGUGCUGCUACUUGGGCUUGGCGGUCAUCUCCACCGAGAAGUCGGCCCGGAGUUUCAGCUGCUUCCUUCGAGUUCCAUGGGUGUGUCAAGUUGCGAGACCGAGCAGGACUCGCAGGAGACCCGCACGACAGCUGAGCUUGUGAGGCGCCGUCUUCGGGCCGUAUUGGUGCCAUGUAUCGACGUUCUCUGCAACAAUGCUGGCGUCAUGGCUUUGGCUGAUGAGGCCACCAAGGAUGGCUAUGACGUGCAGAUGCAGACCAAUCACCUGUCGCACUUUCUUCUGACCAAAGAGCUCUACCCGCUCCUGGAGAAGGCCGCGGAGAAGAAUGGGGAUGCGCGGAUCGUGAACCACUCCUCAGGCGCGCGGAAGUUUCCGACCAAAGAGUUGGAUGCGGAAUACAUGGCCAAGAACGGUGGAAACCUGGGUGGCAACGGCAACUCAAUGUUCUUCGGCGGCGCUCGCUGGCAGAGAUACCAUCAGACCAAGCUGGCCAACGCGGUGUUCACCCUGGCCCUGGACGAGAAGCUUCGAGCCAAGAACUCCAAGGUCAAGGCCCUUUGUGCAGCGCCUGGCCUGGCAGCAACCAACUUGCAGGUCACCACCAAACAAGCGGAUGGAUUCAAUGACGCCUGGAUGAUGCGCUUCGCGCAGUCGGGAGAGGAUGGGACGAUGCCCCUGCUCAAGUGCUGCGUUGGACAAGGUGUGCAGUCGGGCGAGUUCUACGAGCCAGAGGGCAUGCUCGCCAUGAAAGGCAAGCCGGCCAAGAUCGACCUGGAGCCAAUCUGCACGAAGCCGGAGUCUCGAAACAUUCUGUGGCAAGAAAGCGAGAAGGCGUGCGGCACCUUCAAUAUCGAGUGA